AUGGUUGCUGUGACCGCUCUGCUGUUAGUUCUUGCCCUUGUCUCCGUCGCGGAUUUUCAAGAGGCAGUUGACACAGAAUGCUGCGCGGACGCCGUUGUAGAUGAUGCACAGAAUACAGAGGAAAGUGAACAGGAGUUGGAUGUGGAAUUAGAGGAAGCAUGUCCUGAGCUGAGUGGCCAGAUCAUAGGAGGAAGGCCAACGUCAGUGCAGCGACACCCUUACCAAGUGUCCAUGGUGCUGAAUGGAAACUCCUUCUGCGGCGGUUUCAUCAUCAGCCAGGACUACGUGCUGACUGCUGCUCAUUGUGUGCAAAACACAUCACCAACCGCCAUCCGGCUUCGUGUUGGGAGUACUCGUCGUGACUCGGGGGGCAGGAUUGUCAGAGUGGCAAACGUUACAGUACACCCUCAAUAUGGAAGACCACAGUUCGACAAUGACAUCGCUGCACUAAGGCUGGCCAGGCCCUUAAGCUUCAAUGCCAAUAUAAGAGCAAUCAGGCUGCCGCAGCCACGACAGCCUGUACCACUUGUUAGGUUAACUGUUACUGGAUGGGGACUUACUGCUGUUGGGGGGCGUCGUAUCCCGCGCAUCAUGAUGGAAGCCAACGUGCCAGUGGUGCCACACUGGCUCUGUCGCCUGUCGUAUGGACAGUCCCUGACCAACAACAUGUUCUGCGGAGGACAUUUCCUAAUAGGAGGAGUGUCAUCUUGUCAGGGUGACUCCGGAGGACCAGCCGUGUUCCGGGACACAGCAUUUGGCGUCGUAUCGUUCGCGAGAGGAUGUGCAUUACCGCUGUCACCGACCGUCUUCACCAACAUCGCUUCCCUCAGAAAUUGGAUCACAGACAACACUGGCGUCUGA